UGACCUCUGCAGCGACAACCCCGCCGCCAAAGGCCCAAAUCCCCCCAGAUCUGCUAGUGCUACCAACCAUCCCCCGCCCUUCGCCAUUGCCAGCGACAACCGCACCCUCCCCGCCUAGUCCACUUAAGCCCGCGGAUCCGGCGCGCCCAUCCGCCUCCCCGUCCCAUUCCCGACCACGGCGCCUGAUCCGCCGGCAUCACGAGCUAGCAGCCGCCGUCUUCUUGAGCUCUGCCUCGCCCGGUCGAGGGCGUGGCCCGGCUAGGCUUGGUUGGUUGGGGACGUGGAGCAGCUCUUUCAUCAAUGCCGAUCGAAUGUAGGAUGAACCAAGGCGGCCCCGAAAGAACCAUGUCGUUGCUGCUCCUCCUUGUCUGCGGCCAUGAAAGCUGACGAUGUCAAUUGCGGCGACGCAGAUGUCCUCCGUGCCAACCAUGGCCACGGGAACCCUGGUGCCCAGUGGGGACCCAUCACUUUCCUCUGGCCCAGAGCCUUGUGCCCAGCCCUCGGCUUCCUGGCUGGACAUGGCCGGCGCAGGGAAUGUAGGAAUUGAGGUGCAGAAUUCCGCUGUUUGGACGUUCAUGUAAUUCAUGGCUGGAAUACCAAACAAUUUUCCGCACAUGCACCUGCGCCUUCCCUUCCCACAAUUCCGAGCUCCCGCGGUCCGUACUGGGCUGAAUUCGCGGCGCACCCCUCACACGCCCGCAUACCCCUUCUGUCCUCCGGGAAAAAAGAAGAUAGAGCAGAUGCUCCAGGAGACGCAAUGCGGGGCACUUGACGGCGCCGCAGGAACAAUGCAUGUUGGAAAUCCAGGUUAUCUUUAGAUUGGCUCUGAAGAUUGGUCAAAGCCUGCUUGACUUCAAACAUGGCAUAUGGCUCUCACAUAUGUCUAUAAUGGAUUAAGUUAGUCCAAUAAGUUGACAUCUAAAAUGAAAAAGAUUUGAACUUAUCGGAACUUGCAGUCUAUAAGGUUCUCUAUCCUCUAGUCCUGCGAAGCUAAUUGCGAGCGGCACGACGGAUAAGAGCCAGGGGAUUGAGGGUAGAUCCAAUCUUCUAAACCUUUCUUUGGUUUCAGAGCGACUUCUUGUUGAUUGAUGAGCAAAAAUCGAUUUUGGAAAGUUGUCGAUUCAGAUAAUUUGAUGUCAUAAAGAAAUGUAAACUGAAAAAUGCAUUUUUAACUUUGUCGAUUCAGAUAAUUUGAUGUCAUAUUUGCAAUGUUCAUCGAUAUGCCAUCAUGUAAAAGUUUUGGACGUAACUAACAUUCUCCAUUUCGAUUCUCUUGCUUCUCUUCUUCUUCUUACCUGUAGUGGCAAUAUUAUGUGCGUGGCGUAAUCCAGGCCACAAAAACGAGAAAAGAGGGCCGGGAUUGGCCCAACUCCAAUCGGUGGGAAUCAUCCCCAACCACCACACUGACCCAGGGAUCCCCGUCCCCCGGCCGCCGCCGCCGGCGACAGGCUCCGGUGGCGCUCUCCCUGGCGGCCGCGCACCUGCUUCUCCUCUCCUCCCGCUGCACAGUACCCUCUUCACACCUCCCGCUGCUUCCGCGCCCCUCGCGUCCUGCGCCUGACCGCCUCCGCCGCUUGCCCUCCGCCUCCAGUCGCCGGGUCAUCAGGACCUGAGUGGCUGAAUCAGAGCUUUCCAGGCUGCUCCUGGUCGCCAACUGCUUCGUACGGAUGCCCGCCGCCAACCCCCGAGCUCCGGCGGGGGCAGGAGACGGCCUCAUCGUGGAGGCCGUCUCAUCGUGACGGAUUUGAUGGUUGGACGGCGUCGGUGAUCCAGGCUAGCUGCCCCCUGCUGUCGCGCGUCCACGGAGAACCGCGAGCUGCUGCAGGCAAGGUCCCUGAGAGAUCCGUGGACGAAAGUUGUGCUUCUUACCCCGGAGAGCCAUUGCUUGUUGCCCAGCAAAAGGAGUAUAUACAGUAUAUGCAACCGGAGCUGGAUUCAAACAACGAGCAACAAAUAGCAGCACGGUAAAUUAUAUACUGGAGUAUUAUCUGAUCAACUACUGUAUGUUUUAUCUAAAGUAACGAUGGCACAAGGGAGAGGCUGUGAGUUCUUUAUUCAGAAAACGUGUCUGCCACUGAUCGAGACCUGAGGUAAUAAUACGUAAGUGGGACGGAUUAAACAUGAUGCGCGAACACUUUAUCUUUGACUCUGGUGGAAUGGGUCAAUCAGCGCUCAGCACGCACACCCAAAUCAAACAUCGUAAACAAAAGAGAGGUGUAUGCAUAUUAGUAAUGCUAAAGAAUAAUCCAAUUUAAGUUAGGUCAGGUCGUCUCAAGUAAUUAAGAUUAUUAAGCAAGUUGCACAAAGUAAUGCCUACUUUUCGUUUCGGAAAUUCCCUGAGCAAAGUAGUGCAGAGGAUCACGUACGUUCACGAGGUAGGUGGGAGUUGGUGAUGGAAUUGAUAGCAGUGGUUGAUUCAUAAUUGCAGUAGUGGGGCUUGCCUGCUCUGCAUCCAUGCAGCUCUCAUCGUCAUCUGUCCGGAUAGCAAUGGUUAAUUCAUAAUUGCAGUAACUGUUACUGACGUGCAUUGCUGUGACGCACUUUUGAUUUCUGAUGCCUCGAUGAUUUGUUGUUUCUCACUGAAAUUGUACAUGCUGUUAUGCAAGUUAAUUUUCACUAGUACACUCGAAGCAGCUAGUGCAUAGCAUGCAUAUGCAUCUGGUUUUGGUCUAGUUUUAUUGCAUUUGAGUUGAACUACCAAUACUUGUAGUGCAAAACAUUUGCAGUGGACUUGUACUAGUAGAAAAAUCCUGGUUCAAGAUUUUUGCUCUAGAAUUGAGCUGGUCAAAUUGAUAGCCACGGUGGAGUAAAAAAGUGGGCCAACAGUGUCCGACAUGGCCUGUACCUCGGUGACCGUGAGAGAUGGAGGACAAUAAUUGAUAGCAGUUGUUGAUUCAUAAUUGCAGUAGUGGGGCUUGCCUGCUCUCGCACAUGGCCUCAAGUGCAGAGCUCCCAUCGUCAUCUGUCCGACGUCACCAACGACAGCUUGCACCAGAUUCCUUUGCUUACAGUCUUUUCUUUUAGGCUCUUUGCUUACAGUCUGGCAGCGAACAUACCACUGGGCACUGGCUAGCUACAUGUUGAGGUGGUGACCAUGAGAUGGAUGGAGGACAAUAAUUGAUAGCUCCACCACCACGCGAGGCAGUAGUCGCACUAGUAUUAGAUAGCACCCGCGAGGGCUAGGCAGCGCUCCUUCUCAGCAGCCAGAUCCAUUUGAUUAAACUCUCGCAGCGAACAAACCACUAGGUACUUGGUGAGAGUGAGGUUAGUCUGGAGCGAGAUGGCAGAAAUCGUGAGCGCGACCAGCGGGGUGAUGAAUCCGCUCCUGGGCAAGCUCACCGUGCUGCUCGGGGAGGAAUACAAGAAGCUCACCGGGGUGAGGAAGCAGGCCUCGUUCCUCAAGGAUGAGCUCAACGCCAUGAAAGCUCUCCUCGACAAGCUGGAGCUCAUGGACGAACCCGAUCCCUUGGCCAAGGACUGGAGGGACCAUGUCAGGGAGAUGUCCUAUGACAUGGAGAACUGCAUCGAUGACUUCAUGCAUGACCUUGGUGGUGGCGGUGCCGCUGAUGCCAAGGCGGGCUUCGUAAAGAAGAUGGCGAAGCGUCUCCGGAGGCUGGUCAAGCGUCAUAAGAUCGCUGAUCGGAUCGAGGAGCUCAAGGUUCUUGCACACGAGGCGAAUGAACGACGCCUGAGGUACAAGAUUGAUGAUUGUAUCAAUUCUGCCUCCGGUGUCGUUCCUGUCGAUCCUCGGGUCUCGGCGAUAUACAAGGAGGCGGCAGGUCUUGUGGGUAUUGAUGGCCCAAGGAAAGAUAUUGUCGACUGGUUGACUGCUAGCGUGAGAAAGCUUAACGUGGUGUCCAUCGUGGGAUUCGGAGGCCUAGGUAAAACUACACUUGCCAAGCAAGUGUACGAUGAGAUCAGAGGCAAGUUUGAAUGCAUGGCAUUUGUCUCAGUUUCUCAAAGGCCUGACAUGACAAGCCUUCUCAGUGGCCUACAGUUGAAGCUUGGGGUGUACCAGUCCCGUCGCGCUCACGAGGUGACAGAUAUCAUCGACCGGCUUAGAGAACAUCUCAAGAAUAAAAGGUACCUUAUUGUAGUUGACGACUUGUGGGAUCAAUCUGCAUGGGAUACUAUUAGAUGCGUCUUUCCAGAAGGUGAUAAUGGGGGAACAGUAAUAGUUACCACGCGAUUGGAUGAUGUGGCUUGUGGGGCAUGCCAUGAUCAUCAUGGAUACAUUUAUAGAAUGAAGCCACUUGCCAACGAAGACUCGAAGAGGUUAUUCUUCAGUAGAGUAUUCAGGUCUGAAGAUGGCUGUCCACCUCAAUUUGAAGAAGUUUCAGCUCAGAUUUUGAAAAAGUGUGGUGGAUUGCCACUUGCAAUUAUCACUAUAGCAAGCCUAUUAGCCAGUCGCCAAGCAAGAUCAAGGAGGGACUGGGAAAGCAUAAAGGAUUCUCUGGGAACCAAUUUUGCUGCAUAUCCCACCUUGGAAGGGAUGAAAAAUAUAUUAAACCUUAGCUACAUUAAUCUUCCUCUUCGUCUCCGGGCAUGUUUUCUGUAUCUCGGUAUGUAUCCUGAGGACCGCGAGAUCAUGAGGGAUGAUCUGACUGGACAAUGGGUAGCCGAAGGCUUUGUCAGUGGUCCUGAUGGGGCAGAUUUGGAGGAAGUUGCCAAAAGUUAUUUCAAUGAGCUUAUCAACAGAAGCAUGAUUCAGCCCGGUGAACAAACCAUGUACGGAGAGGUGUGUUCUUGCAGAGUGCACGAUUUGAUGCUUGAUUUGAUUUUAAGCAAGUGUACCGAGAACAACUUUCUUAGUGCAGCACGCAGCUAUGAAGAAAUGGAAAGAAUGCAUGGGCGCAACUACAAGGUGCGCCGAUUAUCCCUGAGCUUGAGCUCAGGUGCCUCCACAGAACCAGGGUCGACCAUACCUGCUACUAGUCUGUCACAAGUUCGAUCAUUUGCAUGGUUCGGAUAUUCCAAGUACACGCCUCCUCUUUGUCUGUUUAAGUAUCUCCGGGUGCUGGUCUUUGAGUUCCUAGGAUAUUUGGACAUGACAAUCGACCUCAGUGCUAUCGGGCACUUGUUUCUGCUGAGGUAUUUGAAGGUUUCCCAGGAGAUAUCCGGCAGUAUAGAUCUCCCUGUUGAAGUUAAAGGGCUUGUUCAUCUGGAGACUCUGGAGAUAUCCCGCACGUCAGCACGAAGCUUUCCGUCAGAUGUGGUUUGCUUGCCCAAUUUGUUCCGUCUGAACCUUCCGUAUAAUACUGGGCUGCCUCAAGGGAUCCGGAACAUGAAAUCCAUCCGCACCCUGCAUUGUUUUGGCAUGGAAAAGAGCUCGGUGGAGGAUAUCAAGGGACUGGGCGAGCUGACCAGUCUAAGGGAGUUGGAGCUGUCCACGUGGGACGGAGACUGUUUAACGGAGGAUGGCGUCGAUGCUUUGGUCUCCUCGGUUGGAAAGCUCCGUGGCCUCAAGCGCCUCGAUCUCAGUUGCCAGCGUGAAGGCUAUGACGACCAGCUGGAGUCAUUACCGGAUCAUCCUCUUCCCCGCAUCGAGGUACUGAAUCUGAGAUUCUGGCAGUUCUUAAGAGUUCCCCAAUGGAUUGGUGGUCUCCGCUGCCUCCAGGUCCUCUAUCUUUGGAUCGCUCAAUUCUCGUCGGAGGACGUUCGUGUUCCUGGAAUGCUGCCCUCGCUCGUCGAUGCCAGCUUCAAAGUGGUGGAUAUCCCUCAGGACAAGGUGGUGGUGGGCACGGGACUAUUCCCGGCUCUGGAGCGCGUAGAGUUCCGCUCUUUUGAAGAUGUCACAGCAUACCUAGGCUUCGAGGCAGGAGCUAUGCCCAAGCUACAGAAGCUCAGUCUCUGGUUCGGGCCCCAUAAAUGGGGCGGCGCGACGCCGGUCGGCAUGCACAACCUGCAAGCGCUCCAGCAGAUCGACGUGCGUCUCUGGCCCAUGGGCAUCUUGACACGUGAGCAACGUGAACAAGUGCUCAAAGACGUCGAGUCCGCGUUCGGCGACGUCUCACGGGCGCACCCAGCACGUCCUACCGUUUCCGUCAGAGAGAGGUAGCACGUACUACUACUACGGUGGAUUUGUUUUCAUUUCCUUGGCUUGUUUCUGAUUUGUAUAUUAUCACCAAAAUAUGUGUUGAUUGCAACCCUGGCGAGUUCCAAUUCUGUCGGCCAAAACAAAAAUCGAGAACUUGUCCAAAACAGCUCUUUGUCAUGUUAGGUUACAAUGCAUUAUUAUUUGACUUCAAGGUGAAGCUACAAAACUCUCCCCUUUUCCAAUGCACGAAUCUCUGUCGCACGGGCAUGCGAGACAUAAGUUUGAUCUAGUGAGAAGUUUACCGUCUAGUUUAUAUGUGAGUACUGUGUAGUACGGCUAUGAAUGAAUUUCGGAUGUGAUUUUGGAAUGA